AUGGAUCGUUUGGAUCGUUUGGAUCGAUUCGACAUGGAACCUAUGUUCAAUGAUUCCGAAAUGGAGGCUUUCUUUGAAAAUCCCUUCCAAAACACGGCACGAAGAAUGAGCGGUCCACGGGUUGUGCCCGUUCAUCUUUUGGGUUCUGCGAGCAAUCUGGCUGCUCCACGUGGACCCGACGGUCGAGCCUCGGUCUCUCCAUCACCAGCUCGCAAAUUCGACUCUUUACCCCGUCAAAUGCCCUCACAUCAACAAAGACAACCGAGUCCACUUCCACCACAACCACCACAACAACAAACAUCGAAUUAUCAACAACAUCAACAACAUCAACAACACCAACAACAUCAACCACAACAACAGCCACAACAAUAUUAUCAAGAUCCACCAAAACCGACGGUUAAUGUCACUCCGAGCCCCGUUCAAACGCCAGUCAAACCUCCACAAACGAUCUUGCAAAAAAGAACCUCGGUGGAAGAUUUUGGCGAUCAACUCGUGAACAUGUUAGAUGAUGUGGAGAGACGAGUGGAACAGUUCAGAGAAACCGCCGCACAGCUUGAGGCCGAAAAAGAUACAAUUCUCGAGAUGUUGAACAAUGUGAAUCUGAAUACGGAAAUGCUUCGAUUGGGUGAAGGAGAACGAGAAGAUAUCAAUGCGAUCGCAAAUCGACUCUUGUUGAGAACGAAAACUGUUGAUAUUGUUGUGAACACGCCACGUAAUCCGGAACAGGCGAAAGCGCUCGAAUCGGUGAAUGGAUUGAUCGAGGGAGUGAUGGGCAAAUUGCAACAAGAUCUCUCCGAUGGAAAAGAGACUUGUCGUCGCUAUUUGAAUGCUUGUUCACCGGAUCAACCCGAAGGGCCGAUCGAUCAACGAUUCCAGGCACAGAUAAUCGAAUGCACUGCCGAUGAUCAGAAGAAAAUUCGGCGAAAGUUGGCUCAAAUGAUUCAACAAAUCGAGCGCACUGAGAGGACUUGUUUUCCACAAUAU